AUGCGAAUUCUCACGGGAGACCCAAUAGCUCUUCCAGCUUAUCCGACCUAUGCUGUUCCCGAAACAGUUCUGGCGAAGGCUUGCGAAACCUUCGACGCUGGAACUCGUGGGAACGGUGCCCUUGAUAUCAAGGAUGAAGAACGCUUCCAUGGACGAUCCGCAGAGGAGAUCCGCGAGGUUUUGGACCGCGAAAAUCCCGAUGCUGGCGACUUUGUUCUGAUUGACCAGAAGACCGAAGAGAAGGGCGAGGUCACUUAUGUGGGAGAAUGGCAUGAUGAAUCCAGAGGUGGGCUGGAGGUGGUCCCGGGGAACAACAAACGAGUCCUUUUGACUCUUCGAAUGAAGCUUGGCGCUCUUGCAUCCUGCUGGACCAAUUACCAAGUAGCCAAUUCAUCACUUGCUGAAGACAUCUCAAUGGUUUUUGAAGGAAAGCCAUAUGAUCCUCAUACAGAAUAUCCACCCCUCAACUGGAAUGAUGAGGACGAUGACGGGGAAGAGACUGUUUACGUGUUGGCAGAGCCGGGAGAAUGGGAGGAAGGCCCAGGAACCCUCUUGGACGUUGAUCCGCCUCAAGACCGUGUGUACCGUCUGAAAAGCGAUGUUGCGAAGGCGCAUAACCUGUCAAACCCUUGGGCAGUAGGAGACGCUGAGGCUGAUGGUUCCAUGACUUUUGCUCAGGCAAGGCUUCCUCAGAAGCGCGAGUGA